UCGCAUCGUACAAAACGCGCGGGCGUCUCCUUCGUCGGCUCGUGGUUCGCGCCUCCUCCCGGCUGCCAUCCUGCACCGGCGCGCGCAGACGCACUGCCAGCGACGUGAGCAAUUCGUUCGUGCCGUGCGCAAGCGCGAGAUGGCGGCCGCGCCCGGCGCGUACGAGGCGAGCCUCCCGGCGGUGCCGGAGUGGCUGAACAAGGGCGACAACGCGUGGCAGCUGACGGCGGCGACGUUCGUGGGCAUCCAGUCCAUGCCGGGGCUGGUGGUGCUGUACGGCAGCAUCGUGAAGAAGAAGUGGGCCGUGAACUCGGCCUUCAUGGCGCUCUACGCGUACGCGUCGUCGCUGCUGGUGUGGGUGCUGGUGGCGUUCCGCAUGGCGUUCGGCGAGCGGCUGCUGCCGUUCUGGGGCAAGGCCGGCGUGGCGCUCUCCCAGGGGUACCUUAUCCGCCGCGCGUCGCUCCCUGCCACGGCGCACGACGACAAGCCGCGCACGGAGCCCUUCUACCCGGAGGCGACGCUGGUGCUGUUCCAGUUCGAGUUCGCCGCCAUCACGCUCGUGCUCCUCGCCGGCUCCGUGCUGGGCCGCAUGAACAUCAAGGCGUGGAUGGCCUUCACGCCGCUGUGGCUGCUCUUCUCCUACACCGUCGGCGCCUUCAGCCUCUGGGGCGGCGGCUUCCUCUACCACUGGGGCGUCAUCGACUACUCCGGCGGAUACGUCAUCCACCUCUCCUCCGGCGUCGCCGGUUUCACCGCCGCCUACUGGGUGGGCCCGAGGCUGAAGAGCGACCGGGAGCGGUUCUCCCCGAACAACAUCCUGCUGAUGAUCGUCGGCGGCGGGCUGCUGUGGAUGGGCUGGGCCGGGUUCAACGGCGGCGCACCGUACACCGCCAACAUCGCCGCGUCGAUGGCCGUGCUCAACACCAACGUCUCCGCCGCCACGAGCCUCCUCACCUGGACCUGCCUCGACGUCAUCUUCUUCAGCAAGCCGUCCGUCAUCGGCGCCGUGCAGGGCAUGAUGACGGGGCUCGUCUGCAUCACCCCCGGCGCAGGGCUGGUGCAGACAUGGGCCGCCGUGAUCAUGGGCGUGUUCGCGGGCAGCGUGCCGUGGUUCACCAUGAUGAUCCUGCACAAGAAGUCAGCGCUGCUCAUGAAGGUGGACGACACGCUCGCCGUCUUCCACACCCACGCUGUCGCGGGCCUCCUCGGCGGCGUCCUCACGGGGCUGCUGGCCACGCCGGAGCUCCUGGAGAUCGAGUCCCCCGUGCCGGGCCUCCGCGGCGCGUUCUACGGCGGCGGGAUCGGGCAGCUGGGCAAGCAGCUGGCUGGCGCGGCGUUCGUGGUGGCCUGGAACGUCGUGGUCACGUCGCUUAUCCUGCUCGCCAUCGGCCUGGUCAUACCGCUGCGGAUGCCCGACGACCAGCUCAUGAUCGGCGACGACGCCGCGCACGGGGAGGAGGCCUACGCGCUGUGGGGCGACGGGGAGAAGUUCGACGCCACGCGGCACGACACGGCGAGGGUCGGCGGCGGCAUGGAGAGGGAUGGCUCCGUGGAACAACGGCUGGCCGGCAUGGGAGCCAGGGGCGUCACCAUCCAGCUGUAGGCACGCGACCGCACGGAAGGUCGGAAGGACAAGAGAAUUUUUAGCAUUUCUUGUGAGAACAGAUUGGUGCUUCACUGUUUUUCAGAUCCGUGUAUCUAGGAUGUAAGUUCGGCAUUUUUGAGUCAUUAGAUCGACUUAAAACUCAAAAAAUAAAUUAAAGAUUCA